AUGCUCCUUUUCUUGCUCUUAGGCUGCCCAACUCCCCAGCGCAUUGUGACCUACUCUCUGUCUUCCAACCGUCAGCGCCCUCUCGCUGGUGCUUUCCACGCUGCCAUCUUCAACACCUUCCGCAGAUUCAGAAGCCAGGUUCUCUACGUCGUUCCUCCUUUUGUGGUCGCCUACGCCGCCAUGAACUGGGCUAUUGAGAGAAACGAGUACCUUAACUCCAAGCCUGGCCGCCUGGCUGAGGGUGUUGAGGAAUAA